UUCGUGAUGUGUUUGCGAUCGAAUUACGGGCUAUAACUUUUGAUCGCAGACACUAAAGUAUAUACUUGGAGUUUACCGUUUAUUGCACUAUAAACCUUGGUAGCUUAUUUGGGGGUUUGUUUUAUUUGUGUUUGGGGUGUGUAUAAUAUUAUAGUUGUUAUUAGGUGAUAAUAAUAAUAAUGCAGUGGAACUCUGAUACUUGGUCGGCGACCACCACGGCGGAGACUACCGGGUCUCAACUGUUUUCCACCCGGGGUGGGAUGAGCAGCGCUUACACCAAGGGUGGGGAUACCAUCUCUUCACCAUCGACCCAUCAACCCAUCCCGAUACCGUGCCGAUACCCGUAUUACAACAACCUUGAUCCUGGGGCUUCAUCCUCCCUGACUGGUAUCUCCCCUUACGGUGAUGAUUUCUCAGCAUGGAAUAGCUUCGACUUCGGUACGGGCAACCCACACCAGAGAUACCACAACCCGUUCACUACUCCGGCUGCACCGACCCCUAUCAACCCGGCCGCAGCGGCGGUUGCAGCGGCAGCUAUUGCGGCAGGGUCGAGCCAUCAGAACCCAAGAGACAACUACACCACGGCAGCAGUGUCGACACCAAGUUCUGUGUAUUCGUCGGCAGGCCAUCGGAGCAGUAGUUACCCUUUCUCCGUAACAGGUUCGUCCACGCCGUCUUCCGUAUGGGUAUCGGCUGUAACCUCGAACCCAAGGAGGGCGAAACGAAGACCGUACUCCAAGCUGCAGAUCAUUGAACUGGAGAAGAAGUUUCAGGAUAACAUGUACUUGACACGAGACCGGAGAUCGAGGUUGGCGGAAGUUUUAAACUUAUCCGAGAGACAGGUCAAGAUUUGGUACCAGAAUAGAAGGAUGAAGAUGAAGAAGAUGACCGAGAGAGAAAAACAAGAGAAGGAACAGAUCGAGAGGGAAAAGAUGGUUUUGGGAACCAAGUAUUUCCCAAAUCAUCAUCAUCAUUGACAUUGUACACAUCGAUCUCUUAGAAAGAAAAAAACUAACAUGUGGCAUUCUCAAAAAACUUGGUUUGCAUUUUUUAUAAACCUUUAAAAGGAACAUUACAGAAUUGGUAAAACAAAAACUCGUCUUAGAUCACAGAUUUACAUAAAAUGUACACGGUC